UUUGACUGACUUUCCGUUGCUCAUGUGAUUAUUUUUUGCAGGACUGUGGAGGCCUUCACAGUUCUCUUGUGUAUUUAGGUGGUGUGGAAUGGCAAGUGACAAAUACCAGAUAGUAGUGCAAGGGGAGGCGUCAGAGACCGACUCAGAUGAUGAGGUGUACAUCACCUCCCUCUCUCCACAUUCAACUGCCGGAGGGCAAAAGGUACCAGGGGAAGCAUCUGAGACUGACAGCGAGGGGGAGGUUGAGAAAGCACGGAAAUGUGUCAUUGCUGCAAGCUCUGAAAACCCACAAAUAUUACGCAAGGACUUAACUCCGCUGCUUGUGAUCAGAGAUAACCCUGACAUUCAGUCCGUGGUAGAGGACAGGGUUGUGUCUAGGCCUGAGGAGAGUGGGCUCUACUACAACACUUUACUCCAGCAGAAAUUACAGGAGAGCAAUGCACAUCUGUGCACGGAUGUGUCCCAGACUAUCAAACAGGUGUAUGGCAAUGCCACAAAGGAGAUACGCAUGGCCACAACCCACCUGAACAGCUCCCAGAACGGCAUCAUCAACGCCUCCCAUAGCAUCCGACUCAUUCUGGAGGACCUCAAGUCUGUCUCAGAGAAAAUAGACAUUAUCACCAGCUGCUAUCUGCUCCCCGAUAUUACCUUCCCCUCCUCUCCCACUACCCCUAUUCCCGGACAGUGAUGUUCCUUAUGAUGUUCCUCAUUCAAUGUUUUCAUAUGUCUUAUGUCUUAAACAAUGGACAGGAGUAUCGAUAUUUGUAAACAGCACUUGGAUUAGGUGAAUAAAUUAUGCAUGCCAUUA